AGAGAUAGAUACAUGAGAAGAUCGAGGAGCAAGAAGAACAAGAACCUGCGUAUGCCUCAGGAACUGUUAAUUCAAAUCCUGUUGAGGUUGCCGGUCAAGUCUCUUGUCCGUUUCAAAUGUGUGUCUAAGUCAUGGCUUUCUCUCAUCUCCGAUCCCCACUUUGCAAGAUCCCAUUUUGAACUAGCCCCUGCACGAAUCCAUAGACUUGUGUUCUUAGCGGCUUCUGCUUAUGAAGCUCGGUCCAUAGACUCAGAUGCACCGCUUUACAAUCAUUCUUCUGCUGCUGCGGUCAAGCUUGAUUUUCUGCUUUCCCAAUCUUAUCCUCAUGCUGAAAUUAAAGGUUCCUGCAGAGGGUUUUUACUUUUGGAUUGUUAUACAAAUCUCUAUGUAUGGAAUCCAUCCACAGGUGUCCACAAACGAAUAUCUUGUUAUCCUUUGGAGCCCAAAUAUUUCACGUUUAUACAUGGUUUUGGGUAUGACCCAUCAACAGAUGACUACCUGGUGGUGCAAGCGUCCUAUGAUCCAGGUGCUGAUUUGACAACCCACAUGGAGAUUUUCUCAUUGAGAACUAAUACAUGGAAACAAAUUGAGGGUGCCCAUUUUCCAUAUAUGAAUUCAUGCGAUGAUGCCAGAGUUGGAUCGUUAUUGAAUGGGGCUAUUCAUUGGUUGGUUUGGAAUUAUGAUUUAUCACUGAAUGUUAUUGUUGCCUUUGAUUUAACGGAAAGGAGUUGUUCAGAGAUACCCCUGCCAGAUGAUUUUUUCGACGACUUUGAAUCUUGUGAAUUGUGGGUUCUUGGAGGAUUUCUCAGUCUAUGGGCUAUAGGAGAAGGUACAACUGAUAUAUGGGUGAUGGAAGAAUACAAAGUGCACUCGUCUUGGACUAAGGCCAUUACUGUGUCUACUAAUGACAUUCCUACUCAAUACUUUUCCCCAAUAUGCUCUACAAAAAAUGGUGAUAUUGUUGGACUAGACGGUACUAAAGGAUUUGUUAAAUAUAAUGAUAAAGGACUGCUACAAGAGUAUUGUAAUGAUUCACAUGGAUGCCAAGUGGCUAUGUACACAGAGUCUCUACUUUCACUCCCGGGUCACACUGAGCAACCUGAAGAAGAUGAAUGACAAGAAAGAUUAGGUUGUGAAAUAUUUUCCAAUACAAAGAUUAAGAAAUGCUAGCAGAAGUUAGUGCAUGAACUUUAGCAUCUUUAUGUUAUUUCAUCAUGAUUUUUUUUUUUCUUGCUUUUCUUUUUUGAAGGCGAGUAUUUU